GUUUAGUGCUACCACUUCGGCAACUAUAAUACAAUUUGAAAAUGAAUUUUUUGUUGGUAAGCUGCGUAGCUUUUGCUAUAGCUUUACAAAUUAAUUUCGUGUCUGCACUAAACUGUUACGAAUGUGACAGCAAAAGCGCAGAUUGUCCAGCGACUGGUGUAGACUCAAAUAAAUUAAAUACUAAGGAAUGUAAACCAGAUAACGUAUGCGUUAUAUACACCAAGACUGAUGAUAAAUCAGUGACGUACAGAGAUUGCGCAACAUCAUGCGAUAAAAUCGAAGGCAAGGAAAGCUGUGCCUCAUGUAGCGCCAACGGAUGCAAUAUAAAUUCUAUGGAUAGUAUUACUACUACUACUACUAGCACCACACAGAAGCCUAAUGGUGCGAGUACCGGUGCUACUAACGUAUUUGCUCUUGUUGCAAGUGUUCUAGUCACGCGUGUGGUCGCUUCCAUGUAAAGUGACUAAUGAAAUAUAAAUUAUUUUACGAUCA